AUGGAAUCAAUCACUAUGAUGGGAAGUCUUACGACCCUCAAUGAAACUUUUCUACCGAAUGUUGCCAAUGGCAUCAAGGAUGCCAGUAAGAUCACAAUAGGCAUCAUUGGAAGUGGAGACUUCGCUAAGUCAUUGACAAUUAGGCUUAUUAGAUGUGGGUACCACGUGGUCGUAGGAAGCAGAAACCCUAAACUUGCUGCCGAGUUCUUUCCCCAUGUGGUUGAUGUCACUCACCAUGAAGACGCAGUAGCAAAAACAAACAUCAUUUUUGUAGCCAUUCACAGAGAACACUAUGCCUCCUUGUGGGACCUCAAGCAUUUACUCACUGGUAAAAUUCUGAUUGAUGUCAGCAAUAAUACAAGGGUAGACCAAUAUCCGGACUCCAAUGCAGAGUAUUUGGCAUCACUUUUCCCAGAUUCCCUGGUUGUCAAAGGAUUCAAUGUUGUCUCAGCUUGGUCACUGCAGUUAGGACCAAAGGAUGCCAGCAGACAGGUCUAUAUAUGCAGUAACAAUGUUCAGGCUCGCCAUCAAAUUAUUGAGCUUGCCCGUCAGCUCAGUUUUAUUCCUAUUGAUUUGGGGGCAUUGUCAUCUUCAAGAGAGAUUGAAAACUUACCUCUGCGACUGUUCACACUGUGGAAGGGGCCUGUAGUGAUUGCCAUUAGCCUGGCAACGUUUUUCUUCAUCUAUUCCUUCGUCAGAGAUGUAAUUCAUCCGUACGUGAGAAAUCAGCAGAGUGACUUUUACAAGAUCCCCAUUGAGAUCGUGAACAAGACUCUACCAAUUGUUGCUAUCACUUUACUUUCUCUAGUAUAUUUAUCAGGACUUAUUGCAGCUGCUUAUCAGCUUUACUAUGGCACUAAAUAUAGGCGAUUUCCUCCUUGGCUGGACAACUGGCUGCAGUGUCGAAAGCAGUUUGGACUGCUCAGUUUUUUCUUUGCAACAGUGCAUGUGGCAUACAGCCUCUGCUUACCCAUGAGGAGAUCAGAGCGGUACUUGUUCCUCAACAUGGCAUAUCAACAGGUUCAUGCAAAUAUUGAGGAUUCUUGGAAUGAGGAAGAAGUGUGGCGAAUUGAAAUGUAUAUCUCUUUUGGAAUAAUGAGUCUUGGAUUGCUUGCUUUGCUGGCAGUAACUUCCAUCCCUUCAGUAAACAGUGCCUUAAACUGGAGGGAGUUCAGUUUUAUUCAGUCUACACUUGGAUACAUUGCUCUGCUCAUAAGUACUUUCCAUGUACUGAUUUACGGAUGGAAAAGAGCUUUUGAAGAACAGUAUUACAGAUUUUAUACACCACCAAAUUUUGUUCUUGCCCUUGUUCUGCCUUCCAUUGUGAUUCUAGGUAAGAUCAUUCUACUUUUGCCAUGUGUAAGUAGGAAACUGAGGAGAAUUCGAAGAGGAUGGGAGAAAAGCCAUGUUAUAGAAGAAGCAAGUGGGUCUGUUCCGCAUCUCUCCCCAGAAAGGAUAACUGUGAUGUGAUGAUAGACAAAUAUUUGUUAGCAC